AUGAUACCAAAACUCGCCGCAGCCAAGGAUUUAGCUAGUCGCCCGAAGACAUUGAACAUGAUUAUUGACGCCAUCAAGACGGAUAAGAACAGAAAGGGAAGUUCCAUCCAGAGGAUCAAAAAAUAUAUACUUUCGCAGUACCCAACCCUCGUCAAUGGCACACUGACAUCGAACCUUCGUCGAGCGGUGAAACAAGGCCUGGAAUCAGGAGUACUGAGUCGUCCAAAGGGAUCAUCGAACACUGGUCUCACCGGGAGGUUGAGAAUAGGAAAACUACCGGCAGUGAAAACAAAGUCUGCUCCUAAAACAAGAACGAUAGGUAAACCUCGUUCAAAAUCAAAGAAACCGAAGACUCCAAGAACACCUGCAAGAAAGGCACUUUUUCAAACCCCGGUCGCGAAAUCACGCAGAAAACAGUCCCGUAUUGGUUGUAUGACCCCGGGUAUAAUGAAAUUGAAGACUGUAUAG